AUGAAUGUUAUCAUGGAUCACAACUCAUUUCGCUCAGAAUCGACAUGCGGCUCGAUAGGUGGUUCGACCGAUCUACACAAGCCGAGACGUGACACCGACCCCGAGGCUUUAACUCGCCUGGAAACCUCACAGUCGCAUUUUCAACCUCCUGAUGGCCUGCUCAAAGAAGCUGCCUUUGUAAGCGUGGUGUGUAUGGCGCAGUUUAUGACCCAGGCCGGCCUCUGCAUGUCUAUUGCCCCAGUCCAUAUCAUCGGGGAUAGCUUCGGGAUCACCAACCCUGCUUCCUUGAGUUGGUACGCCGCUAGCUAUAGUUUAACUGUGGGGACCUUUAUUUUGGUGGCAGGCAGACUGGGCGAUGUCUACGGUCACCGACUAAUGUUCGUCAUUGGCUUUAGCUGGUUCAGCCUUUGGUCGGUCCUGGCUGGGUUCAGUGUCUGGUCGAAUCAGGUCUUCUUUAAUUUUUGCAGAGCUCUUCAAGGAAUUGGGCCCGCCAUGUUGCUACCGAACGCUAUUGCGAUCUUGGGUCGAACCUAUCCGCCGGGCCUCCGAAAGGAGAUGAUCUUCAGCCUGUUCGGUGCCACCGCUCCUGGGGGUUUCGUUGUUGGGGGUGUGUUUUCUUCCCUUUUUGCUCAGCUCGCAUGGUGGCCCUGGGGAUAUUGGGUCAUGGGGAUGGCUUGUGCAGCCCUGGCAGUUCUGGGAUGGCUUGUCAUUGCAUACGCCCCACAACCUACGUUUAACGACAAUCUUCGCUUGACUGAAAGGUUAGAUUUGCUUGGUGCCACAGCAGGAAUUUCUGGUCUUGUCUUGAUCAACUUCAGCUGGAACCAGGCUGCCUUAGUAGGCUGGGAGAAUCCUUAUACCUUUGUGCUCUUGAUUGUCGGAUUUCUUUGCCUUGGGGCUUUUGCGGCCAUAGAGCGCAAAGCAAUGUGCCCAUUACUGCCUCGAUCAGUCUUUACCGGAAAACUCGCAUGGGUGCUUGGUUGUAUCGCAGCAGGCUGGUCUAGCUUUGGCAUUAUCAUCUAUUACUUCUAUCAGUUCAUGGAAGUAAUCAAAGGAGAUUCACCGCUAUUGGCAACAGCCAAAUGGUCUGGAGCAGCGGCUAGUGGUUCAGUUGCAGCUCUGAUUACGGGGUUCUUGCUUGGCCGAUUGCCUGCAAGCGUAAUAAUGUUUUUUGCCAUGGUCUUCUUCACGGCCGGACUAUCAAUCUUCGCCACUGUCCCUGUCAAUCAGAUUUACUGGGCUCAGGCAUUUGUUGUGAGCCUUAUCACAUCUUGGGGAAUGGAUAUGUCCUUCCCGUCUGGAACACUUAUCCUCAGUAAUUCCAUGCCGAAGCACCACCAAGGGCUUGCAGCUUCUCUCGUCGCCACAACUGUCAACUACUCCAUUUCUCUUGGCCUUGGGUUUGCAGGUACGGUGGAGACCCAUGUCAACGACGCAGGUAGAGAAGUACUCCGGGGAUAUCAUGGGGCCUUAUAUAUGGGCAUUGGUUUAGCUGGGUUGGGGCUGUUGAUUUCAAUUCUCUUCAUGAUAGCGAGUUGGAAACAAUGUCGCGGGAAAGGAUUAUGA